GCCGGGGCGCACAUGGGCUAGCGAGCCGCCCGGACCGGCCGAUGUCCUGACUGCAGCGCCAUGGGGAAACUUCACUCCAAGCACGCCGCCGUGUGUAAGCGCAGGGAGAGUCCGGAAGGUGACAGCUUCGCCGUAAACGCCUCCUGGGCUCGUAAAGGGAUCGAAGACUGGAUCGGGAAGCAGCGCUACCCCGUGGGGACCUCGGGACUUCGUCAGCCUCAGGGUGGGGACAGUUUUUCCUGCGGUACCCAGGAUCCAUCUGGCGAGGGUUACAGCGAGGAUCAUUUUCGCCUAGAAGUCGCUUUGCCCCCAGAAAAGGCUGACGUACCUGGGAGUGGAGAGGAGAAGAAAAGGGAGAUGGAGAGUGAAGCUGGCUCGGGUCCCAAGAAGCAGCUGAAGUUUGAAGAGUUGCAGUGUGACGUGUCAGUGGAGGAGGGUAACAGACAAGAGUGGACCUUCACGCUCUAUGACUUUGACAACAAUGGCAAAGUCACAAGGGAGGAUAUCACCAGCUUGCUCCAUACCAUCUACGAGGUAGUCGACUCCUCAGUCAACCACUCCCCCAGCUCCAGUAAGACUCUGCGCGUGAAGCUCACGGUGGCUCCGGAUGGCAGUCAGAAGAAAAAGAGCUUUUUGCUGAACCCCAGCGAUUUACAGAGUGCCAGGCACCGGACGGAGAGCAGAGCCAACAAAGAGCCGAGGAGCGGUGAAAAGAAGCAGCGGGCUUCCCUUCGGGCCCAAGGGGACAGCCACCUCGAGACGUCUGAUUGCAACCGCCAUUGUGUCGACGAGAACAUUGAGAGGAGAAACCACUACCUAGAUCUGGCGGGGAUCGAGAACUACACGUCAAAGUUUGGGCCAGGACCCCCGCUGGUGGCCCCAAAGUGUGACCCUCCCAGCAGAGGCUGCCUCCCGACCAGAUCCCGCUCCCAGGAACCCGAAGCCCUCUACGGCCCGCAUCGGCAAUCCCAGGGCCCGGAGCCUGGCCUCUUCCACCUCCUCGAUGCCUCGUACGCCAAGAUCGCCGAAGUCCAUCAGCGCCUCUGGAGCAACCAGGAAGCCGUCAAGCACUUUGGGAGGUCUCCCAAGGUCCAGGGUAAAACGGUGGGCUCGGGCCCGCCCGGGAGGGUCGCGAGGAGCAAGCAGUCCCCAGGGGUGGCCGUGCCUGCGGCUUCCCCCUCGGCUCGCCUGGCCCCGGCCCCGGCCUACCUCCCCAACCUGGCUCCCAAGAAGCACAAGCAGAGAGGGAAGGAGAGCCAGCAGAUGUGCAGAUCCUUCCAGCCCCCGCGGGGGCCGCUGGCCGAGAAGGAGCACGCCAGGGACUUGGCUACGGUCCUUCUCUACGAGGGCCAGGUGGGCCAGAUGGUUCAAAGACAUGAACAUCACCACCACCACGACCACCACCACCACUACCACCACUUUUACCAGACCUGAAUCCACUCCCCUUUCCCCCCCGCCGCUCCCUAAUUGAAGGAAUCCCCCAUCCUCCCUCCCCGCCGCCCGGUCCUACUCCUAAGCCAUUAUUCUAAGAAUUAUCAUUGUUUUUAUCGUUACUCCACUAAUACUCAUCUAGCCUCUUUUUAGAAAUUAUGUGGAACCGUGGAAACUCUUCUUAUUUAUAUGUCGUGGAAACAGCCCAACCGAAUGGCUGGUGGGCUUUAAGUGGCUCAGGAGAGAAAGAGCAGAGGUAGGCUAAGAGGGUUUGGAGUUGCGGUUUGAAUGCAGGUCAUGAAAGCACUUCCCAGACCAAGCUAGCCUCCGUUGGGUGUUCGGAAAAGAUCCUGCCAUGGACAUUUAGCUUUCUUUUCUUCUGUAAGCCAGCCUCUGCCGGAACAGCAACGUUUCAAGGUCUGACCUCCAGAGGUCCUCAGAAUUACCGAAAAUUCCAACAGCUGCUACCUCUAGUGUUACCAGAUUUUUGUUUGUUUUUUCUCCUGACUGUAAUGUGCUCCUAGGGACUUCUGGAUUCAGUAGCCCUAACCAUUGAGUACUUUCGCUUCCCUUAAUACGAACUUAAUCAUGACCCCGAAACAUGGGCUGCCACACCCAACAGCCUUUCCAUCUUUCCUCUGGACUCUGAUUUCUCUCCUGGAACCAGUACAGUACGUUGUGCAUUGGAAACUCUUAAUCACCCCUUCCCUCCUCUCUCCUUCAAUCAAUCAACCAAUCAGUUCAU